CCAAUAAUAUCAAGCAGUUUUAAAUUUACUGAGCUUCUGAUUUUCCUGGUUCUUAUGUUAAUAUUUGAAAAUGGCUCAUACAUGGGCCAUCAAUUUUGAGAUCUUUGGGAACUUAUAGCAAAUAGCAAUCUUUUUUUUUUUUGUUUUGGCCGAUCAAAUAGUAAUCAUAUUGAGUUUUGAAGGUCAUAACAAGAAUCAACUAUGGUCAAAGUGUCUCUAUCAGUGGGCUUGCUGGUGCAGUUUCCUUGGCAGGAUCUGGUGGAGGAUUAUGGGCUGUUGAAGGAGGCAAUUGGCAGAUGGCUGCUGGUCUAAUUAACCAUUCAGAUGUUCUUUUGCACCUUAAUGAGGAAAUAAAAUCCAUCUCAUACCAAGAGAAAUUUUAUGAGCUCAACUCCACCAUGGGGAACAGUUAUUUAUGUGAAGUCACAGUGGUUGCUACACCCCUAGAAGAAGUAAACAUCCAUUUUAUGCCUUUAGUCUCAGUUCCUGAUAGAAAAUUACAGCAUACACAUGUAACUUUUGUGAGAGGCCUCUUGAAUCCAGUAUGUUUUGGUCUGCAAGCUGUUACAGAUAUCCCAGAACUGGUGGGUACAAUAGAGGAUCCAAACCUACCAUUCUCGAGCAUUUCCAUUCUCAAGCGGUAUAAUGAGAAAGAUAUAACUUACAAAUUAUUCUCUAGGAAACCCAUGACAGAUGCGUUACUGGACAACAUUUUCAGUAUGAGGAAGGACACCAUUCGAAUAGACUGGGGUGCUUAUCCUUUUUACAGAGCUCCUGAGGUAUUUGCACCAUUUAUUUUGGAUGGUCAACAUUUGUACUAUGUGAAUGCUUUUGAGAAUGCAGCUAGCACCAUGGAGACAAGUGCUGUCGCAGCUGAGAAUGUAGCACGACUCAUCUUGUCAAGAUAUUUUAGUGAGGCAUCCUUGAGUUCAUCAAAUCUGAGAACUUCUACUGAAGAGGUGUUGCAUGUAGACUUGUGAUGAACAUUUUUUAACAGGCUUUGUAAAAGUUGUAAUCUAUGUCCUCUCUGAAUACUAUGAAAUAAAAACAGAGGAUAUACUCUCUAGCUGCCUUUUUAGUUUUCCUGCUGUGGACUUGCUGAAUAACAGAGAAAUUGUAUUUUCUAUCCCACUUAACUAUAAUUAG